CGGCACGGGGCGAACCCGCGUCGGGGGACGGGCGCCACGCAGUCGCUGCGAGGGCGACACGUGGCCGGCCGCGACGGGCACCAGCGCUCCUCUAGUCGGCUGAGCACCGAAAAGUCGCACGAAUAGUCCCCGUAGAACGAGGGCACUGUGGUCGUCGCACGCCGCGGCGACUCAAAGGAGGCUGUCGUCUCGAGGGGACGGAAGGCAGUGGGAACUCUGGGCGACAUGGCUUUUAGAAAAGGUUUUGUAGAUUUGAAAAUUCAAAAGGCUGGGAUUUCUUCUUCAAAUAAGAAUAUGCAGAGGGGAUUAGAAAAGGAAGGAGGAGUUAAAAAUAUGGACAGUGAAGAGAAAUCGAUGGGGGAGUUUAUUUUAGCAAGAAUACAGGAGGGAAAAAAGAAAGCACACGGAUGGGAAAGAGAAAGAAAAAAGCGUCGCUUUUCUUGUGCGCCUUUUUAUCCUCGCCUCGCCCGCCCUUUCCCCAAUUCUCUGCACUCUUUGUGUCGGGGGGAAACAGGAAUACAAAAAAAUGAGAUUGGCCCAAAUGCGACAGUGGCACAGCGCCGUGCAUGCGCUUUGCAGAAAUGCCGAUUGUGCCCAGCCAGUCAACGUCACGUUAGCCGGCGCCGGCCAAUCGCGCGUGCAGCCGGUUUUAAAUAUUGGAUCGACCCCAGCUGUCACCCAAUAGCGAACGCUUCUUCUUUGUGUCGCUAUUGACGCCCUGUGCCUGCGCGCAGCUCGUAGUCCGCCUAUAUAUCUACGUAGCAGGGUGCGGACUGUCCUUUUGGGGCUGUGUGCGCAGCUGGGCCCUCCCCACUGCCAGGAGAGAUUUUCGGAGGGUCGGCCUUGCAGGCACGCUGCGCAGAGGCGGAUCGGAAGA